CACGCAUGCGAAAGAGAAAGCUUUGAUAGUCAACAUCAACUCUUUCCAUCUUGAGAGAAAGCUCUGGAGUUUUGGACCAUAUAUGUGAUUCUUUUCCUUCACUGCUAGAGAUAUAACUGCCAGUGGGCUCCUUUUGGAUUUUGAAAAUCACAUCAUAUUUUGCUUCCAUCGAGUUGGUCUCCUGGACUUUUAAGGACCAUGCAGCGGAGGUCAAGAGGAAUUCAACAAGGCCUGCUUUUACUUGUUUUCCAAGUCAUGCAGGUUGGGAUCACCAACAUCCCUCCUGUCACUCUGGCAUGCCUGGCCCUCAAUGUCUGGCUUUUCCUCAAUCCCAUGAAGCCUUCCUACUCUCUUUGCCUAAGUGUGGAAUCAUGCUAUGAGAAAAAAGAUUGGCAGCGCCUGCUGCUUUCUCCUUUCCACCAUGCGGAUGAUUGGCAUUUAUAUUUCAAUAUGGUGUCCAUGCUGUGGAAAGGACUAACACUGGAAAGAAGACUGGGGAGUGUUUGGUUUGCCUACAUCAUAGCAGUCUUCUCCUUGCUCACCGGUGUGGUAUACAUGGUCUUGGAAUAUACUGUUGCAGAACUUCUGGGCCAACCUGCCUACAAAAUCUACUGUGCCAUUGGUUUCUCAGGAGUCUUAUUUGGCUUGAAGGUUCUUAGCAACAAUUAUAACCCUGGAGGACACACAAAUGUUAUGGGCAUGUACAUACCCAACAAGUAUGCCUGUUGGGUAGAACUGGUGAUGAUUCAUUUGCUCUCCCCACAAACUUCCUUUGCCGGGCAUCUGGCUGGUAUUAUCGUUGGACUGAUGUACACUCUGGGACCUCUGAAGAAGAUCAUGGAGGCAUGUGCAGGCAUAUUUUCCUUUAACACCCAUUACCCAAGACAACAACAUUACUUCAAUAAUGCAGGCUAUCGUGGAUACCAAGAGGACUUAUUCGACAGGCAGCCUUACCAAGAAGUCCCAAGGAACUAUGACGUCUAUACAGCAGGGCUCACUGAAGAGGAGCAGCUAGAAAGAGCUCUCAGAGACAGCCUCCGCGACCGAGUUGGUGUUAACUAUGGUCCCCGGCCCUAUGGAUUCAAUAUUCCUCCAGAAGAUGAAAUGAGAAGGCAAAGACUCAACAGAUUUGACCGUCACUGAAAUUACCCAGCCUCUCGUGGAUCAUCGGUCCGGUUUCCUAAAUGUCAGCCACCCGAUUCAUUCCAGAAAUCUCUGGUUUGCUCCAAGAAAGCCAAAGCACUCUUUAAGCGCUCCCCCAACUUAAGCGACUCAUUCAAAAGACCUUGCAAGUGCAGAGUCACAUACCCAACUGGCUCUCUUCAGAUCCAGGAUAAGCUAAAUACCUCCAGCAGCUUUCUGAAAAGGGCAUCCCUUUUGGUUACAUAGAUAGCAGCCGCAGUGGCUGUGGAAAAGAGCACUAACCUCUCCUGUUGGAUGCCCCACUGCCCAUGUGGAAGGCCCUUAGAGUUUAUGCCGAAUUUCAUUUUCUCCCAUUCAGGAAGAUCCAUCCCUCCUUCUAGACAGUGAAUCUGAUAUUAUAAGUGGCCAGAGGUAUGACUCUACCCUCAUUUUCCUGGCAGGCCACCUUAGUGACUCUGGUGGAACUAAAUGAAGCCUCCUUGAAGGUGGACCCCCCCACCUUCUAUUCUCCACAGCCUUCUUUGGAUCCUUUGUCAGGUGUGAGGUUCACAUUUUAGUUCCUUUGUUUGUGUGUUGCUAUUGUUUUAACAACACAUUUCAUUGAAAAGGUCUCAGGAAGUACUUGGGGAGAGAGCUGCACAUAUUAGCUAUCAUGAGAGACCAGCAUUUUGUAUAUAUCAGUUCUGCCUCAAGAAUAAAUCUGUGUAAAUUAUCUGAAUGCCCUCAGGUAACUGAUAGCUGAAAAGUCCUUUUUAGAGAAAGUGUUAUCUUGUAAAAUUAAAACACUUCUGAUUCAGUCACCCUAGCAAGCUCCACAUUCGGUUGUCUUUACCUGACACCCCAGUGGGUAUCUGUCAUUUAGCAUCCUGUCCAUUUUUAAGCAGCCCUUGUGCUAAUGCUAUCAGCUGCCUCAAAGACAUGGUCAGAAUAACACUGAUGUGUUCUUAGAGUUGGUCUUAAUAAAAGUUGGAAGCAGCGUCCAUGGUAUCGCCAAAGGGAAUCUUCCCAAUUUGGUUUUAAUCAUGGGCUCUCAAAAUGCUCUGCCCAGUUGUUGAAUGUCUGUGUCCCAGGAGCAAGAGGUAGGAAGGCAUGAGACAGGGAGACUGGGGGUGGAAUUCUGCCUGUGAUACUCUUAGAUUUCAGUAGGAUGGAUGCUCCCCCUGUGGAACGUGAGCUCUCGGGGCGGGGGGGCGGGGCAAAGACUCCUCUUCUUCUUCUUGUUUUUUACUUUUUCAUCCUCAGUACCUACCACAGUGCCUGACACAUAGUGGGUUUGUAACAAAUGUUUGUUAAAUGAAUGAAUGAUAUCGAGUAGACGUAUGAAUAUGGACCACUUCACUGAACCUUUCUAAGCUCUUUAGUACCUACCUCACAGGACUGUUGUAAGGUUAAAAUGAUUAUUGUAAAGCACUCUGGAUGCUUUGGUGUGCUCUUUAAAUUUCUGUUACUAUCCUUAUCUCUGACAGAUCAAUAGAUGAUCAGUUGAACUCUUAUAUCAUAUAUAUAUACACACACACACAUAUAUAUACAUGUGUAUAUGUAUGUAUAUAUGUGUGUAUAUAUAGAGAUACAUAUAUAUCUAUAUAGAUAUAAACUUAAGAGUAGAACUUGCUCACAAUAUUAAUUGUGCCUUAGCUUCAUAUAAUCUUUUCAACUUGAGAAAAGGAGUCUCAACACUGUGCUGCAGAAUUGGGGGAUGGGGAGUGUGGGGGGGUGAUUGCUUCAUUCCUUCCUUUGAAGAUAUUUGUUAACACAAUGAUAUUACUAAUGUACAAGGACACAAGGCCUGAAUUUUUGAUAACCAGGAAUGUAGUUUUGGAGGAGAAUUCCUCAGUGGGGAAGCAGGACCUAACUAAUCACCGAGAUCAGCCUCUUCUCCCCAAAUGAAAACAAGUGUAAGACAAGGAUGUUGCCCACCAUUAUGUGCUUUGUUUUUACACUCUAGAGGAAAGCAUCUUUCAAAAGUCAUUGUUGUUAUUUUGUUAAGCCAGAAGGCCUUUCUAGUGCUAAGGCAUAUGUGGCGUUUUUUUGUUUUGUUUUUUUGUUUUUUGUGAGGCAAUUGGGGUUAAGUGACUUGCCCAGGGUCACACAGCUAGUGUCAGGUGU